GAAGCUACUACUUAAAAAGCCAUUGUUUCCAACAAUAAUUCAUUCUCUCAAAACCAAAUACAUUAUCACCCAUGAAAGGAAUAGACAUGUUCUGUUCUUCCCCCGCUUCAACAGCAAUAAUACAUACUACUAUAGAUCAACGUUCUAUGCUUCGUCGAAGCAGAAGCACCAAAACCUACGAUCAUGAUAGAAGGAAAAAUCAAAAUCAAAAUCAACUUCAUCAAGUUCCUUGUCUAUCUCAAUUACCUAUCAAUCCUAUACCUUUCUUUGAGAAACAUAGAAAGAGCUCAUCUUCAGCAGACAAACAAAACAGCACUGAUCUCACACGUAGAAAAAGCUCCGCCGAUUCGUCUUCAAGAAGAUAUCUUCUCGGUGACGCACCGUUCAUCGAUUCUCACGCUCUUACUCUUAGCUCCUCUUCUUCAGCUAUCUCCUCCAAGGAAGAGGUUGUGGUUCUGAGGGUGUCAUUGCACUGCAAAGCCUGCGAAGGAAAAAUCAGAAAACAUAUCUCAAAAAUGGAAGGAGUGAGAUCAUUCAGCAUAGAAAUGGAGAAAAAGAAAGUAACAAUAAUUGGAGACGUGACGCCAUUAGAUGUACUGACAAGUGUAUCCAAGGUGAAAAGUGCACAGCUAUGGCAAUCUACAACAGCAGUAGCAUCAUCUUCUUCUAGGACACACUAAUUAAACAUAAAUUUCUCUAGUUUGUUUGUGUUUGGUUCAAGUACUACUUUACAGAACGUGCGUUUGCAGCAUUAGGUAAAUGGUAAGAGUAUGAGUACAAUAGGGUGGGGUCAUAACUUGCAAACCUCACUUUCAGUUCCUCUACUUGUUGCAAAUUGUAGUACCAAUAGGAAGAAUUUGGUUAAAGUUUGAUGACUUGUCAAUCUCAAUGCAUGUUAUGUUGAUGCACUUGAAAAGCAAUCAUAUGGUUGUUCACUAAGCA